AUGUUCGCACCGCCCGUACCGCCCUCGGGUAGCAGGCCAGCAUCCGCAGCCUCGCACCACCCUCCCUACGCUCACCAGCCUUACGACCUGCCACGAUCCCCCAUGCACAACGACCCGCCAGCCAGCCGCUCAAGGCACAACUCGUACUCCUGGAGGCCCGACGCAGGCCUCCCCCCACCGCCAAGCCAGAUCGACGACCUCGGCGACGACCUCGCACACCGACUCAUCCCCUCCCCUGCUCACCACCACCACCAACACCAACACCAACACCAUCACUCCCACCAUACUGCGCCUCAUCGCUCCAGGUCGCGCUCCCCCGCGCCCCACUCACCCUCGCGCUACGACCUCGAGUUUGGCCACCACGACGACUCGUCUACCCACCACGACUCGUCGCCCAUGCCCCUCAACUCGGUAUCCAAGCACCCCAAACUCAAGCUUGAAGUCGUCCUCGCCAGCAACAUCUACGAGGCGGGAGGAACCAUCAGCGGCCGCCUCGAAAUCACCUGCUCCACCAGCCAGAAGCUCCGCCUCGGCGAGAUUGCCGUAGAGCUCGAGGGCAUCGAAGAGCUAUCGUCGAGGGAUCACGCCGCCACGCAGCUCUUCCUCUACAACCGCACCCUCUUCCAGGGCGAGCACCUCCCUCCCUCCAACGCCGUCCUCCCCGCCGCACCCCACAAUGGCUACUGGACCGCGCGCAAGGGACGCACCACAUUCCCCUUUAGCUUCCGCCUCCCCUCGACGGCGCCCUCCAGCGUCGCCUUCUCCGGCAACGCCGCCCUGCGCUACCAGCUCAAGGCCUCCGCCCAGACAUGGUGGAACGACGAGAGGACGGUCGUCACCUCGCGCCGCGAAGCCUUCGUCGUCGAAAAGUGGUCCGACGAGUUCGACGAAAAGUACCGCCAACCCGCCGAAGCCAUCGGCGACACCCGCCUCUUCAUGGGCGGCCACGGCGCCGUAUGGCUCGAGGCGGGCGUCGUCGAACAGCUCUUCUGGGGCGGAGGCCAGGUGCUCAUCCGCUGCGGCAUCAAGAACAACACCAAGCGCCAGGUGGCGGGCAUCAAGGUCGCCCUGGCCCGCCGCCUCAUCUUCCCAGUCGGCAGCGCCGACGGCGCCCAUGACCGGCCCGAUCAGGUCUCGCUCGAGCCGCGCAUCACCGAGGUGGUCCACGAGCAGCACUUCAAGGGCCGCGAGUACGAGUUCCCCCCGGGCGAGGAGGCCGUCUGCAACGUCGCCGUCGACGUGCCCCGCGACCUCCGCACCAUCCGCAAGACGCGCCUCUUUGAGAUCCGCAUCUUUGCCCUCGUCAGCCUCGUGCUCGGGUCCUUUGCCAAGGAUCUCACCGUCGAAAUCCCCAUCUACGUGGCGCACACCGCCAGCGUCCAGAAGCCGGCGCGCGCCGAUCUCGACCAGCUGCAUCCGGACCCCGCCCGCGGCAGGAUCCCAGACCGCCCGCAUUCCGUGGCCGGCCACACCUCUCACCAUCAUCCUCACCAUCCACACCACGGCCACCAGCCGCAUCAGCACGAGCACUUCCGCGACCACCCGCAUCACCAGCAGCAUCAUGCCCCGCACCAUGAUUACGCCCAGCUGCUGGCUGACCCGCAGAUGGCGGCAGUCGAGCAGCAUGCCGCAGACAGGGGAUGGUCUCCAGCUCCGGUCCAUCCCGGGGGCUUUACGCAGAUGCCAUCACGACCGGCGAGCGCCGCGCGGCCGGGCAUCAUUCAGCUGCCGAGCAGCCCGCAACCGUUUUCGUUCUCCAACGUGGCACCCGGCCAGCUCGAGUGGAACCCCGCCGCCACCGCUUGGAACCCGAGCCAGCUGCUCCAAGGCGCUGCGAUACCGCGCUCGGCCAGUGCUGCCCCCAACUUGGGCUACCCGGCGAUGCAAGGCGCGCCUGUGCUUUCAGCGGCUCCACAGGCCCCGAUGCAGUGGCAGCAGCCGGGCGCCGCUUCGCCACAGCCUCUGGGCUGGCAGCCUCCACAGCGGUCGUACUCCGUCUCGCCCGGGCCCAUCUCGCCGGCGAUGCAGCAGCAGCCGCCGCCCCAGAGUCUGGUCAUGGCGGCGCUCAGCGUUGCACCCACCGCGGCGGCAUCGUCGCACCUCUUGAACCAGCAACCCAGACGUGCAUCCGGUCCCGGCUCCUUUGCCGAGGGUGCGGAAUCUAUGGGCGCCGGCGGGUGGUCGCCGCAGCCACCGCAGCCGCAGCAGCCGUCCAGCUUGGCGUCCGCGUCGCAGGAGCAGCUCGCGAGGAUGCCCGAGCCCGGCGCGACCCCAGCCCCGGCCCAGAGUUUGGACUCGGCGAAUCUGGCCCAGGCCCCGCCGCAGCCUGGCUACGCGCCGGAUCCUCUAAACACCGGCAGCGGCGGCGGCUUCGGACCCGGUCCAAUGCCGCUGGUCGGCCUCGCCACCAUAGACGAGGAUGGCGAAUCGCAGGCCGGCACGGUCAAGUCGAUGGCCGCGCUCGGCACCCUCGGCAAGCCUCAAGGCAGCCCGAACGCGGGCAACAGCGUUUCUAGGAACGACAUCGAGCAGUUCGAGGCAAUGGCCCGCGCCGAGGAGGACGAGGAGGAGGUCAAGCGCCGAAUGGCGAUGCUCGGCAUGAUCCCCGACGAGUCCGCCUUUCGUCCUCGCAAGGCAGGACCGGCAACCCGCGAUCUGGCGCGAGACAGCUUCGACAGGUCAGACCAGUCAGCGCCUGACGCAUCGACACGAGCCCACGAUGUCGCGAUCGCCAAAGAGGCUCAGAGCCUGCCAAAGCCUCCUGUCCCGUCCGGCAAGAGCCAGGCUGCGGCCUCGUCGUCGCGACCCCGCGCCAGCGACAUCUUCGCGACGGCGCAGAAAGCCAGGGGCGAAGGCCAGGACGCGCAGGCUGCGGUGGCCGCCCUCGGCGACGGCUCGAGCCCUGCAUCGAGAGCCGAGGCCGAGCCGUUCUCGUCCUUACAGCGCUCGGCCGAGCGGGAGCGGGAAGCCUCGAACGCGUCUACCAGGACCGUCCGACCCGACGCCAGCUCGCCGCCGUCCGGCCGCAGGUCGAGCCUCUCGCAGGGCAAAGGCCUCAGCGCGCUCGAGCACAAGCUGGAGCGGUCCACGACGCCAAAGAUCACGGCUUCGCCGUCGAUGCCGGUCAUGACGCUGGCCAACCUGGGCCACGACGAUGACCGACGAUCCAGCAGCCCGCUCACCUCACCCGGCAAGACAGGGUCCGCCCGCUCGCGCAAGGAAAGCAGCAGUCUGCGAGCCGCGGCCGCGGCCAGGGAAGCGGCGCUGCUGGAGAAGGAGCGGCGCGAGGCCGAAGACGCCCAGCGGCGGCGUGCACAAGAGGAAGAGCGUCGCCGCACCGAAGAGGAGCGAGCGAGGCUCGAGGAGGAGCACCAGGCCGCCGCCGAAAGAGCCAAGGCGGCCGAGGCAGACCGCCGCCGUCGCGCUGAAGAGGAGGACCGACGCAAGCGAGAAGCAGCUGCCGCUGCAGCCGCCGCCGAGGCCGAAGCAAAGGAAGAAGAGGAACGCCUCAGCCGACAGACGCAGAGGCAGAUGCAGCAACAGCAGGAGCAGGAGCGAGGGGCUGCCGAAGCCGAGGCGCGCCGCCGGCAGGAGGAGGAGCAAGAGGCCGAGGAGGAGCGCCGUAGGGCGCGCGAGGAGGCCAAGCGCGCCGCCGAGAGGGAGAGGAUUGCGGAGGAGGCCAAACAGGCCCGCGAUCGCUCCGAGGCGAGCCGGACGCUGCAGAACAUCCCGGCCGCGCACAGCAGCAGCAGGAGCCGGACAACCGACGGCCGCCCGCUCUCGGCGUCCGCUUCGCCGGCGCAGAGGCAGGCAGCCGACGGCGUGACGCAGCACAGCGCGCUCAAGAAGGAGGCGGCCAGCCGCGUGGCCGGUUGGCUCUCGAGCAGCAACUCGCCUAGCCCCUCGCUGGCCGAGACGCCCGGGACGCCGAGCUGCUCGGUCAUCUCGAUGCUGAAGAGGGACGAUGCGGGCUCCAGCAAGCUGUCGUUCCCGGUGCGCUCGCCGUCGCAGGUGCGCAACCCGCUCUACCAGUCUCCCACGCGCUCGUCGCCGCAGUCGUCGUCGACACCGAAGGCGGCCGACGGCGAGAACGCAGCGGCGUCUGCGGCCAUCCCGCGAUCCUACACGACGGCCAACAUCGCGUCGUCGUCGGACCGUCCCGAAGGCGCCUCGCGCGAACGCGCAAGGUCCUAUGUCCACAUCGACGAGCCUCUUCCGGCACUGUCGGCCGAGCUGCGCGCCUUGGUCGACAGCUCGGACAUCCAGCCGGCUCGACGGGCCGGCACGGCCCUGCGCGACCAUCCGAUCAGCCGCAAGAUUUCGACGUCGUCGGCGCAGGCGGCUGACGCGAGCCACGAGGCCCGAGCGGUCGGCAGCACCUCGGCGUCCCUGUCGGCAAGCACCCGGCGCGAUCGUCACACCUCGCUUCCGGCGUGGCCCAAGCCUGGCCUCCCGAACAUCGGCAGCGGUCGGACACCGCUGCCGGGCCUGGCGACGCUCGACCAGAGCUCACUGCCCGCUGCCAAGGCGGCGGCCACGACGACGACGGCCACGGCGGGACCGAGCGUCGUCAACAAGGCCCACGUGCAGCCUCGGCGUUCGGUCGACAUCUUUUCCGGCGCGGACCGCGAGAUUGUGGUGCCUUCGCGCGUCGAAAAGACGCUCAGCGUGGCCAAUGCCGCUGGUGUCGACGGCGGCCAACCUUCUGGGACCUCGGGCCCUGGCGGCUACGAUGCUCGGUCGGCGCGAGGCGGGCGCGGCGGACGGGUGGCGUCGGUGGCGCAACUGUGGUCCAGCAUUGCAGGCGACACGGUGCCCGAUGCCGGCAGCGUGCACGAUGGUCCCUCGCCGCCGCCCCCGUCUGGCACGUUUAAGCCCAAGGCGCGGCGCACGUCUGCCGUCGGCGGUGCGCCUGCGCUCGACUUUAGCAAGAGCAGCAGCGGCGCAGGCGCCAGCGGCAAUCGCAAGGGCGCCGUGACGACGAUGGCGGCCGCGUUUGCCUCGCAGGUGUCGAGCGGUGGCAGCUCAAAGCCCGAGAGCCUCAAGAGCGGUUCGGCGCCGCAGUUCCUCAACACGAGCGCGCCCAAGCCCGUCUUUUCGAGCACGAGCGCCACGUCCGUAUCGCCCUCGCCGUCGGCGUCUUCGGUGGCGUCGUCGUCGUCGGUGUCUGUGUCGAUGUCGGCCUCGACCUCGACGAGUGCGCGCACCGGAGGCGAGCGGCGUCCGCUGCCGCAGCCCAAAGCGAGCACGCUGCUGGGUGGCGCGCCCGUCUCGGCGCCGCGGCUGGUCCGACCGAUCCCGCAGUCGCCUUCCAACUCGUCUGUCGCCUCUGCCGCCUCUUCCUCUGCUGCAGCACCACCGGCGGCGGGGGCCGGACGAGAAGGGUCGGCGCGUACGCGCAAGAUCAGCAGCGACCUCCUAUCCACCUUUGACCGACCGCCGCAGGGUGGUGCUGGUUCCGCCGCCCCGAACAGCGGCAGCAAGGUGGCGCUGGACUCUACGAUCCUGGAUGCGCUGGCGCACCCGCCGCCGACGACGGCGAAGCGGACCUCGGUCGUGGGCGACGAGAACCUGCGUCUGCCCAUCGCCGGGGUCGGCGAGGUCAAGAUGAGCGGGAGGGGCACCACAAAGGCCAUCGGGUCCAACAAGCUCCGCGACCUCAAGGCCGUCUGGGGCAACUAG